AAAAAUAGAAAAGCAAAAACGUGGAGGGAAUAGCAAACGGUUCCGAUCGCAUCCGAGCGAACGCGAUGAAGCUUUGCUGACUCUGCUCUCGGCAGUUACGCCCGGCCUCUUCUUCAUCUCUGCGCAGAGGCUAGGGUUUCUUCGUCCCUCUCUCUCUCUCCACUUUUCCAAUCUGAGGUAUGCUUUGCUUUUGCUUAUCUGCCGUCUCUCCGUAAAAGGUUAUAACUAGCGGUAGAACUCUCGGUUCUGUUUUAAGAAUAUUGUUCAAAGAUGGGCCGUCUAAAGAGUGGAAUCAAGACAAUUGAAGAACGUGAAGACUGUGAUGGCUAUUCUAGUAAUGCUACUUUAGCAUGCAUGAUUAAUUCAGAAAUAGGAGCUGUAUUAGCAGUUAUGAGGAGAAAUGUAAGAUGGGGUGUGCGUUAUAUGUCUGGUGAUGAUGAGCUGGAACACUCCUUAAUUCAGUCUUUGAGGGCAUUACGCAAGACGAUUUUUACAUGGAAGAGUCACUGGAAUACUAUCGACCCUGCUGAGUAUCUUGUACCAUUUCUGGAUGUGAUUCGAUCAGAUGAAACUGGGGCUCCGAUCACUGGUGUUGCUUUGUCUUCUGUUUACAAGAUCUUAACAUUGGAUGUUAUUGAUCAAAAUACUGUAAGUGUAAAAGAUGCGAUGCACUUGUUAGUUGAUGCUGUCACUAGCUGCCGAUUUGAGGUCACUGAUCCUGUAUCAGAAGAGGUAGUUUUAAUGAAGAUACUACAAGUUCUUUUGGCAUGCAUGAAGAGUAAAGCAUCUGUUGUGUUGAGUAAUCAGCAUGUUUGCACUAUAAUGAACGCAUGUUUCCGUAUAGUCCACCAGGCAGGAUCAAAAGGUGAGCUAUUGCAACGGAUAGCUCGGCAUACCAUGCAUGAACUUGUUAGGUGUAUUUUCUCGCACCUUCCCGAUGUUGGCAACUCAGAAAAAGCUUUGGUAGAUGGAGUAGAUACUGGCGAUUACAAGAGUACUGGGUUGAGCACUGAGUUCGAAUUGGGGAAUAGACAAUUGGAAAAUGGCAACAUGAUGUCUGAAUAUGAUGGUCAAACAUUACCCGCAAAUCAUGCAUUGAAUGCUUCUGUUGGACAACCAGCUAUUGGAAUGGAUGAAAAUCCAAUUGGGACUGGGGCUGGGAAGGACACUGUUACAUAUGACUUGCCUAUGAUGACUGAGCCAUUUGGAGUACCCUGCAUGGUGGAAAUAUUUCAUUUUUUGUGCUCUUUGCUAAAUGUUGUUGAGCAUGUGGGAAUGGGUCCCAGAUCAAAUACCAUUGCGUUUGAUGAAGAUGUGCCGCUUUUUGCCCUGGGUUUGAUUAAUUCUACUAUAGAGUUGGUUGGUCCCUCCAUUUGCCAUCACCCUAGAUUGUUGAGUUUAAUUCAGAAUGAAUUGUUCCGUAAUCUGAUGCAGUUUGGCCUGUCAAUGAGUCCACUUACUCUUUCUAUGGUAUGCAGCAUUGUUCUCAAUCUGUGUCAUCAACUGCGGGCUGAACUUAAAUUCCAGCUUGAGGCUUUCUUUUCUUGUGUGAUUUUGAGGAUCGCACAAUGCAAAUAUGGGGCCUCUUACCAGCUGCAGGAGGUUGCUAUGGAGGCUCUUGUUGACUUCUGCCGACAGAAAACAUUUAUGGUGGAGAUGUAUGCCAACUUUGAUUGUGACAUAACUUGCAGUAAUGUCUUUGAAGAACUUGCUAAUUUAUUGUCGAAGAGUGCUUUCCCUGUUAAUAGUCCCCUGUCAUCAAUGCAUAUUUUUGCAUUGGAUGGUCUUAUUGCUGUUAUACAGGAAAUGGCUGAGAGGGUAAGCAACGGAUCUGUUGGUCUGGAGCAGACUUCAGUAAAUCUUGAAGAGUAUACUCCAUUCUGGAUGGUGAAGUGUGACAACUACAAGGAUGCUAGUCAAUGGGUUCCAUUUGUUCGCAGGAGGAAAUACAUCAAGAAAAGGUUGAUGAUUGGAGCUGAUCAUUUCAAUCAUGAUCCAAAGAAGGGGCUAGAAUUCCUCCAAGGAACUCAUCUCUUGCCUGACAAACUUGAUCCUCAAAGUGUGGCCUGUUUUUUCAGGUAUACUCCUGGGUUGGAUAAGAAUUUAGUAGGAGAUUUUCUGGGAAACCAUGACGAGUUUUGUAUUCAGGUUCUUCAUGAAUUUGCUCGGACUUUUGACUUCGAAGACAUGAGUUUGGAUACGGCAUUGCGACUGUUUCUAGAAACAUUCCGACUACCUGGAGAGUCGCAAAAGAUACAAAGAGUGCUUGAGGCUUUCUCAGAAAGAUAUUAUGAGCAGUCACCACAUAUUCUUGUUGAUAAGGAUGCUGCUCUAUUGUUAUCGUAUUCACUCAUACUGCUCAAUACAGAUCUGCACAAUGCACAAGUGAAGAGAAAAAUGACAGAAGAGGAUUUCAUUAGGAAUAAUCGGCGUAUAAAUGGAGGCAAUGACCUACCUCGAGAAUUCCUGUCAGAACUUUACCACUCAAUAUGCCAGAAUGAGAUCCGCACAACCCCAGAACAAGGCCCUGGUUUUUUGGAAAUGACCCCAAGCCGGUGGAUUGAACUAAUACACAAAUCAAAGAAAACUGCUCCAUUCAUAGUAUCAGAUUCAACAGCCUACCUUGACCAAGAUAUGUUUGCUAUAAUAUCUGCGCCAACUAUUGCUGCUAUUUCCGUGGUAUUUGAUCAAGCUGAACAUGAAGAGGUCUACCAAACAUGUAUUGAUGGGUUCCUAGCCGUUGCAGAGAUCUCAGCAUGCCAUCAUCUUGAAGAUGUACUUGAUGAUCUUGUUGUGUCUCUCUGUAAGUUCACAACACUGCUGAACCCAUCAUCUCUUGAGGAAUCUGUGCUGGCCUUCGGUGAUGAUACCAAAGCUAGAAUGGCAACUGUGACAGUUUUCACAAUUUCCAACAGUUAUGGUGAUUACAUUCGAGCAGGUUGGAGAAAUAUUUUUGAUUGCAUCUUAAGGUUGCACAAGCUAGGUCUUCUUCCAGCACGUGUGGCCAGUGAUGCAGCUGAUGAGCCAGAGCUUCCCACUGAUAAUGGGCAUGGAAAACCUCUUAAAAAUUCUCUAUCCUCUUCUAAUAUGUCUUCCGUGACUACUCCAAAGAGAUCCUAUGGAUUGAUGGGGCGAUUUAGUCAGCUUUUGUCCCUUGACACAGAGGAGCCAAGGAUACAACCUACUGAGGAAGAACUAGCUGCUCGUCAGCGCACCCUUCAGACAAUUCAGCAGUGCCACAUUGACAGUAUAUUUACUGAGAGUAAGUUUCUGCAAGCUGAAUCUCUAUUGCAGCUUGUACGAGCACUGAUAUGGGCUGCAGGGCGACCUCAAAAAGUGGGCAGCUCUCUCGACGAUGAAGACAGUGCAGUUUUCUGCCUGGAGUUGCUAAUUGCAAUUACCCUUAAUAACAGGGACAGGAUCGUGCUUCUUUGGCAGUGUGUGUAUGAGCACAUUGCCGGCAUUGUUCAGUCAACUGUCAUGCCUUGUGCCCUGGUCGAGAAGGCUGUUUUCGGGCUUCUCCGUAUAUGUCAGCGGCUGCUUCCUUACAAAGAGAACAUUGCCGAUGAACUUUUGAGGUCAUUGCAACUUGUCUUAAAACUUGAUGCCCGGGUUGCUGAUGCAUACUGUGAACAAAUUACACAGGAAGUCAGCCGCCUUGUAAAAGCAAAUGCCCCUCACAUCAGAUCCCAGUUAGGGUGGCGCACUAUUACAUCCCUUCUUUCCAUCACUGCUCGACAUCCAGAAGCUUCAGAUGCUGGGUUUGACACUCUCUUGUUCAUUAUGUCAGAUGGGGCCCACUUGUUGUCAGCCAAUUAUGUGCUUUGUGUGGAUGCAUCAAGGCAGUUUGCUGAGUCCCGAGUUGGACAGGCGGAGCGCUCUGUUGUUGCAGUUGAUCUAAUGGUGGGUUCUAUUAAUUGUUUAGCGCAGUGGGCCUGUGAGGCUAAGGAUACAAUGGGAGAGGAGGAAGCUUUAAGGAUGUGUCAGGAUGUUGGGGAAAUGUGGUUUCGGGUUGUUCAGGGAUUAAGAAAAGUUAGUUUGGACCCGAGAGAAGAGGUCCGAAAUCACGCUUUGUUGUCGUUGCAAAAGUGCUUGAAAGGAGUGGACGGGAUACACUUUCCUCAUGGUUUGUGGUUACAGUGCUUUGAUAUGGGGAUCUUUACGCUGCUUGAUGACUUGCUUGAAAUCGUACAAGGGCAGUCCCUUAAAGAGUAUCGAAAUAUGGAAGGAACGCUUGUUCUUGCUAUGAAGCUUUUGACAAAGGUGUUUCUGCAGUUGCUUCCGGAUCUAUCUCAGUUAACAACUUUCGGCAAAUUGUGGCUGGGUGUUCUUAGCCGAAUGGAAAAUUAUAUAAAGGUGAAAGUGAGAGGUAGGAAAAGUGAGAAGCUUCAGAAGCUAAUACCUGAGCUGCUUAAGAACACCUUGCUUGUUAUGAAGACUACGGGAGUGCUUGCGCAUAAAAAUGCUUUAGGUGGAGAUAGUUUGUGGGAGCUGACAUGGUUACAUGCGAAUAACAUUGCUCCAUCCUUGCAGUCUGAACUUUUUCCUGAUCAAAGUUUAGAAGAACCGUCACAUGGUGGUAAAGCGGGGGGUGAUGUAGUAUCUGAUGAAACAGGCCCACAUGCAACUCUAACGGCAUCCACUGAAGUUCCUUCUGGUGGAGGUUAGGAAAUCGUAUUUUUGGAACUCAAACUGGUCUUGUUAACGGAUGCGCAACCCUGCAUGAUGAUGAGAAAUUGAAUUACUUUUUUCCUUAGAGGUACUCUCAUUUUCGAAAUCUGAAUUUGCAGAACCGGGCAAAGGCGAACCACUACUAGAUUUGGUCAUUAGCUACUAGGUGUCGUUUAUUGCCACAAAUAAAAGAGAUGUGCUUGGUCUUGUGGUAACCAUGGCGGGUUGGUCAGAAUUCUAGCAAGGACGAUUCUUUCAUUGUAUUCAAUUUCCUUUCAUUUUCUUCCUCCAUGAAACUCUAUUAGGGUGGAGUUCCCGCAUAACCCUAAUGAUCCAUCUCUCUAACCUAGUAGUAGUAGAGUGCUUUUUAGGCUGAGAAUUUUGACCCUUUUUCUUUGCUGUAUUUGAUAUGUUAUACCAUAAAGUAAACAACCCCUCUUUUAUUUUGUAUUAGCUUGCUCAUUUGUGUACAGAACCAAGGUUGCUCAUUAGUAUUUUAGCGAUCAUGAGAAUUUAAAAUUA